UUAAAAGGUAGCACAGCCUGGCGUUGUUAUUCCAGUUCCAAGGUCCAAGGCGUCCAGAAGCCGCUCCCAGCAACUCAUUUCUUUCUUCGAGAGAGGGCAAAUCGGCAAGGGGAGCGCAGCGGAGCGCAAGGGAGCGGGUGACGUCAUCGUCCUCCAGGGUUUCUCGAUCGGCGGCGAUGGCGACCAGGGCGGCGGCGAGGUUCCUGCAGCGCAGGCUCCUGUCUUCCGGCGGCAAGGUCCUCAGCGAGGAGGAGAAGGCCGCCGAGAACGUGUACAUCAAGAAAAUGGAACAAGAGAAGCUGGAGAAGCUCGCACGCAAGGGACCCAGUUCAGGACAGCAAGCUUCAUCAACCACAGGCUCUGCAGCAAAUGAUGUGAAGGUUGGCGCUGGGCCAACAGAGUCAGCGUCUGCAAGUGUGUCAUCCGACAAGAACAGGAACUACGCUGUCCUGGCAGGCACAGUUGCUGCCCUGAGUGGUCUGGGUUGGUAUCUAUUGUCAAAGCCUAAGAAGUCGGAGGAGGUUGUGGACUGAAGAGGGGCUUGUGAAUGCAAACUGCGGAUGGUCCUUAUUCACCUUGGUUUACUUUCUGCGCAUAGACUGCACCUUCUGGAAAUAAUUGUUGAAAUGUACUCUGCACUACUUCUGUUUUGAGGCCAGUUUCAUCACCGAACCUUGAAAUACACUCGAGACGUUCAGUAGUAGCCCUCGCUUGACAGAUUGCAAUGUUGAGUGAUGCUUGUAAUGCUGCCUACAUUGUUUGCUGGAGAGGUUUUUGGGUACUGAUGUUUUGAAUGUAAACUUGUUGCCACUGGCCUGGCGUAGUGCAUCCUAUGAUAAUGAGGCUCUGUUUAGUUCCCUGUCUAAAA